AUGGUUCGAAAUGGCAGUCCAUCUCCGGCGGACAACUUUCCGCUAGGUCAUUCUGCGACAUCUCCUCAACCGCAGCCCUCGAAGCGCGAUAAACGGCGCAACAUGCUCGCUGAGAAGCUUGCGGAGAUGAUGACCACCUUUUCCGACAACCGCGACAGUCAUUACAGAGCUCAGCUUGCCGCGCUUCAGGCCGAUAUCAAUUUGAUUAUGAAGGCGGAUCCGUAUGCGAACCAGCCGCUCGAAGAUAGCGGAGAAGAGGCCUCGGAGCUCAUCUCACAGAUCAUGGGGAACAACGUACCUACCGCACCGAGCGCUGGUACCGACUACAUUGCGCAGUGCGGAAAGCACUAUUCGCGCUUUGUAGAUGCUGUCAAUGAUGCGAUGGAAGAGCGCGACUACAACCUAACCAUGCUCUGGCAUGAGAACACGAAGAACGAGAUCGAAAAUUCCCACUACUACAAAGUCCAGAUCGCCGAAGAAGAGCAUAAGCUGCUCGCUGCCACCAUCCGCGAACGACUAGUCGCAAGCAUACAACAACGGACAAACAGACUGAAGCGAGAGAAGGAACAAUUGGAUCUAUCCGACAGCAACGCGAUGCUCCUCCAUCCCAACCAAUUCAGCAUCGGGCAUCCUGCAAGCCCUGGUGGACCACAAGCCCCCCGAAAGACGAGGAGAACUGGGCAUAAAUUCGGCGACGCUGAAGAGUUGGCUGCUGCUAACGAGCACAAACGAAAGCGCAAGAUGUUCGAAGACCAGGACAACGACUCUCCAGGUCCUUCUGGUCGCCCUACCGAAAUGGGCAUCGGCUCACCUUUCCGUGAAGCCAAAGCGCGCACCGUCAACGCCCAGUUUGAAUCAUCUGCAUACUCGCUAGAGCGCCUGUUUAGCGAGAAGGAGCUCAACAUGGCUAUGAAUCAGGCCACCAUGGCCGCUUCCCACUUUUUCGCCAAGAUGAAGAAUACAGAGGCUGCACCGCAGGAAGCCACAACAAACGGCAAUACCAACGGAACCAACGGUGACCACGCUUCCGAAAACGGUGACGCCAUGGAUCAGGACCAAGAUUCGGACGAUGUACCGGGCGCGACCGAUAUGAUGCGUCAACAUUCGUCGAAUCCUCACGCUACCCGCGGCGCUACACGCUCAGCACUGAACCCCACGGCGGCUAUAGUGAGCGGGCAAAUACCUCCAUUCAUCUACAACCCACCAUUCGUUCUGGAUGCUAAGAUCUUCCAAAAGAUCAACGCCUCUGCACCCCCACCAACUCCACUUGGCGCACAUGACGUCGAGCAAGACUUGAAGCUGAUGCUUAGAGAAGCACCGCCGGACGAUGAUAUUAACGAGAAGCUCCUGCAAGCCGCGUGCAAUCCCGUCAAAGCGCGCGACUACCAAGUCCAGCCACCAAACUUCUCGGAGCCAGUCCACGAGAUGACAAGCGCUCUCAGGAGCACGGCGCCACACUUGGAGGUCGGUGCAAGCUUGGGUGGUGUUCCCAUGAGCGCGCAAAGCAGUAUGGCAGGGUGGUCAGAUGCUGGUGGAAACACACCGCUGGGAAGUUACGGAGAGAGGGAGACACUCGCCGUUCGCGGCCAUGGUGGUGGUGUUGCGAUGACGCGAACAGCAAGUGGCAGCGGGCGAGGACGCGGCAGAGGACGUGCUUAA